AUGUUCCCAGCACUGGAAACGGAGCUCAAGCGGGAGACCCUUCCUGAUCCCUAUGAGAAUUUUAUGUACCGUCACCUCCAGUACUAUGGCUACUUUAAAGAUUCACUUAUGCGGUACUCACCUCUUCUUAAGAGCAGACAGCUUCUUUAUGAUGAGUUGAGUGACAUAAAGCCACGUCUUCGAGAACCCCGAGAUCUCUUUAUACUCUUUUCUAGCAGCGGGCCACUGCUGGCUCCAAGAUGGCCAAUAGAAUGUGAGGUCAUCAAAGAAAGCAUUCGUCAUAUUGAAUGGAUUCCACCUCAACGGGAAUAUUUCUAUCAACCUACAGGGAAUGAAAAGGCACCAGAAAUUGUAGGCGAGGAAAAAGGAACAGUUGUCUAUCAGUUAGAUUCAGUGCCCACCGAAGGUUCCUAUUUCACCAAUUCCAGAGUGGGAGGCAAGCGAGGAAUUAUCAGGGAACUUGCUGUCCCGUUGCAAGGACCCGAUGAUAACACUCUGCUGUUUGAAUCAAGGUUUGAGAGUGGGAAUCUGCAAAAAGCUGUCAGAGUAGCCACCUAUGAGUAUGAACUUACCUUGCAAACUGACCUCUACACAAACAAACACACUCAGUGGUUUUAUUUUCGAGUUCAAAAUACCAGAAAGGAUGUCACCUAUCGAUUCACCAUCGUCAACUUGCUCAAGCCCAAGAGUCUUUACGCUACAGGGAUGAAGCCACUCAUGUACUCCCAAUUGGAUGCCAAAACUCACAACAUUGGCUGGAGGAGAGAGGGAAAUGAAAUCAAGUACUAUAAGAACAACACAGAUGACAGGCAGCAGCCCUUCUACUGUCUGACAUGGACCAUUCAGUUUCCGCAUGAUCAGGACACUUGCUUCUUUGCACACUUCUACCCAUACACAUAUUCUGAUUUGCAGUGCUUUCUCCUGUCAGUGAUAAACAACCCUGUCCAAUCCCAGUUCUGCAAGCUCCGUACUUUAUGCAAGAGCCUAGCAGGAAAUACCGUCUACCUGCUCACCAUCACCAACCCAUCCCAAAGCCCUCAAGAGGCAGCUGCAAAGAAAGCCGUGGUCUUCACUGCGAGGGUCCACCCUGGGGAAAGUAAUGGCUCCUGGAUUAUGAGAGGCUUUUUGGACUUCAUCCUUAGCAACUCCCCAGAUGCCCACCUCCUCCGAGAUAUCUUUAUCUUCAAGGUGGUACCCAUGUUAAAUCCAGAUGGAGUGAUUGUGGGGAAUUAUCGAUGUUCAUUGGCUGGAAGGGACUUGAACAGGCAUUACAAGACCAUUUUGAAGGACUCUUUCCCUUGCAUCUGGUAUACCAGGAACAUGGUCAAGAGACUUCUUGAAGAAAGGGAGGUUCUCUUAUACUGUGAUUUCCAUGGGCACAGCCGCAAGAAUAAUAUCUUCUUGUAUGGCUGUAACAACAACGAUCACAAGUACUGGCUUCAUGAACGAGUCUUUCCUUUAAUGUUAAGCAAAAAUGCACCAGACCAGUUCUCUUUUCAUAGUUGUAAUUUUAAGGUCCAAAAGUGCAAGGAAGGAACAGGACGGGUUGUGAUGUGGCGGAUGGGAAUCUUAAACAGCUACACCAUGGAGUCUACCUUUGGCGGGUCCACCCUAGGCAGUAAAAGAGACACUCACUUUACUAUCGAUGAUCUGAAGUCCCUAGGCUAUCAUGUCUGUGACACCCUUCUGGAUUUCUGUGACCCUGACCAAACCAAGUUCACACAGUGUCUGGCAGAGCUUAAAGAACUUUUACAACAAGAAAUUAAUAAGAAAUUCAAUGAACUUGGGCAAGACACGGAUUUAGAAGGAGGUUGGAGUGACAUCUCUUUGUCUGACAUUGAAUCCAGUACCAGUGGUUCUGACAGCUCACUCUCAGAUGGUCUCCCUGUUCACCUGCUGAGCAUAGCAGAUGAGUUGAAUCAGAAGAAGAAGAUGUAUAAGAAGAAGAAAAAGAAGGCCCUUCAGUCUAGGAAACAGCGAGAUGAGCAAUAUCAGAAAAAUAAUUUGAUGAGAGAGUUAAAAUUAACCGAAGAUGUACCAGAAAGAUUAGGAUUUGCUCCUACUCUACAAAAGCGCCUUACCUUUCUCAGAAAUUCGGAGAAUCCUAGUUCUUCAACAGUGAGAAAUGACAAACCCAGAUUGAAUGAGACACAGUUAAGUGGAAGAGAAAAAUGUACCUCCCUGGAUCCAUCAAAAAUGACCCCCCUAAUUCUGAUGAAGAAUAAAGAGAAAGCACAGAGCAAGGCGCCAGACUUUACAGUAUCAACCUCUCCAAAGAGAAGCGCAAACACCAGCCAAGAGCCAGCUCCAGAUAUGAAGCCAAACUGGUUCAAGAGCAGAUACCCUGUUGUGAAGAGAGGCCGCACCACCAUGCCAACGUACCCAUCCCUGCACGUGUACACCUACCCAUAG